UUCUCCCUGACCCGUGUGACCCCACAGGCCUUCAUGCUCAUCCCAGGGGUGGUGGACGGAGUCUUCCUGCCCAGACACCCCGAGGAACUGCUGGCCUCGGCUGACUUUCAACCCGUCCCCAGCAUCAUUGGUGUCAACAAUGAUGAGUAUGGCUGGGUCAUCCUCAAGGUCCUGUUUGCCACUGACCCUCAAGAGGAGAGAGACAGACAGGCGAUGCGGGAGAUUAUGCAUCAAGCAACAAAACAGCUGAUGCUGCCUCCCGCUUUGGGGGACCUAUUGAUGGACGAGUACAUGGGGAGCAAUGAGGACCCCAAGACCCUCAUGGCCCAGUUCCAGGAGAUGAUGGCAGACGCCAUGUUCGUGAUGCCUGCACUCCGAGUAGCACAUUUCCAGCGUUCCCACGCCCCUGUCUACUUCUAUGAGUUCCAGCAUCGACCCAGCUUCACAAAGGACCUCAGGCCGCCCCACGAAAAGGCCGACCACGGUGAUGAGCUGCUCUUUGUGUUCAGAUCGCUUUACUUUGGCAGCAAAGUGCCCCUCACUGAGGAGGAGGAGCUGCUGAGCAGGAGGGUGAUGAAGUACUGGGCCAACUUUGCUCGCAACGGGAACCCCAACGGCGAGGGCCUGCUGCACUGGCCCAUGUUCGACCAGGAUGAGCGAUACCUGCAGCUGAACGUGCAGCCUGCAGUGGGCCAGGCCCUGAAGGCCCGCAGGCUCCAGUUCUGGACCCACACCCUGCCCCAGAGGGUCCAGGAGCUAAGAGACGCUGAGCAGAAGCACACAGAGCUGUAGCUGCCUGUGUGGGGGUUGGGGCC